AGAGAGAGGUAGAGAAAGAGAGAGGUAGAAAUAUAGAGGUAGAAAUAUAGAGGUAGAGAGAUAGAGAGAGAGGAGGGCUGGAGAGUGUAACAGAAGAUAUCCACACAGCAACGGGAGUGGACCGAGGCUCGACCAGGUGUAACAUCCCGCUACUGGACGGAGGGCGACGGCAGAGCCAUGACGAAUAUAGCGGUCCAGAGGAUCAAACGGGAAUUCAAAGAAGUUCUGAAAAGCGAAGAGACGAGUAAAAACCAGAUCAAGGUGGAUCUGGUAGAUGAAAACUUCACAGAGCUGCGAGGAGAGAUCGCAGGACCACCAGACACGCCGUACGAAGGUGGCAGAUUUCAACUGGAAAUCAAAAUCCCAGAAACGUAUCCCUUUAACCCUCCCAAGGUGAGGUUCAUCACUAAGAUCUGGCACCCCAACAUCAGCUCAGUAACAGGAGCCAUCUGUCUGGACAUCCUCAAAGACCAGUGGGCAGCAGCGAUGACUCUGAGGACAGUACUGUUGUCCCUCCAGGCUCUUCUGGCUGCAGCUGAACCAGACGACCCCCAGGAUGCAGUAGUGGCCAACCAGUAUAAGCAGAACCCAGAGAUGUUUACGCAGACGGCCAGGUUAUGGGGCCAUUACUACGGUGGAGCCCCUGUUCCCGGACCAGAAUACACACGGAAGAUAGACAAACUCACUGCCAUGGGCUUCGAGAAGAACGCUGUAAUCGCUGCCUUGUCUUCUAAAUCCUGGGAGGUGGAGACGGCAACAGAACUACUCCUUAACAACUGAGACCCAGCAAGAAACCCCCUCUGACCUCAUCUCCCAUCUCCUUAUGGUGCCCUCCGAUGCCUUCUAACCACAGCCCAAACGUAGCCUUGACUGGGGUUGAUGUCCUACAGUGUCCAGCCCUCCCCUCCCCGUCCAAGUCACUUCCUGGUAUCCUUUCAGCCCAAACAUCACCCCCCCUCUCCACCAAUCCCUUUCUUUUGGUUCUUCGCUUGAUGAACUCUUACUUUCCGUCUUUUAAGAAGCCCGACAUUGAACCGCUGUCACCUGGUGGAGCGAACUGGCUGAGAGAGAGACGGGAGGACGAGGAUUUAUCUGUAAAUAAAUAUUAGUUCUUAUCAAAUACACGGCGGAAUACUUCAUUCUUCCUGGAUAUUGUUAAAAAAAAAAAACGUAAACUGUUUUUCAGUUUUACUCACGACUAGAAGGAAAGAAAUUUGGUCUGCCCGACCAGGGAGUUCGUCCGAAUGUCCCGGUGAAGUGACUUAUGCGUUUUGAUUGGCCCAGCCUGCUCCCCCCCCCCCCAAAAUCCCUCUCACGCUCCUCUUUCCCAGACGAAUCCUGUGCACAGUCUCUUUCUCGACGCAGAGAGAACCAGCGACCUACCGGCUGGAUCUAUAUAUAUAUUUUUUAAAAGGACUCUUACCCUCUUUUCGCGGUCUUCCUGUUCCACUUCAGCAUGAUGACGACGGAGAAGAUAAAGAACUGCACGAUAGAGUAGAGACCCCCACUCCCCCCCCCAUAAGGCUCUGGCCAAAAGUAGUGCACUGUAUAGGAAAUAGGCUGCCAUUUUGUUUUUUUAACAACGCAGUCGGGAGUUAUCAGUUUGGAUUUGUUUUCUGAAGGAAACCGUCAGACCUGGGUUCAGAUGCUAUUUGAAAUCUUUCAGCUUUAGUCUGCCAGAUGGGAGGGGUUUGGAGUAUUUUAUUGGCUCGUGAAGCCAACUCAAUCUAGCACAGAAAAAGGGGUUUGAAAUGAUAUCGAGGUAUUUGAACCGGGGGUGUGGCCGGCGUACAAUCACAUGAUUAUUUAUUGUGAGACUGUCAACGUUUACUUUUAUUAAAAAAACAACCUGGAAAAUC